CUUCGUCUCUUAUCUUCUUAAACACACAGAAACCUAUACACACACAUAUACAUACAAACCUGGCUACUCUAGUUCUAUCAUCUCCGAGCCCUAGAGCUCAUCCUCUUUCUCCAUGGCGCCCAAUUAUAUUCACCUCACACCGAAUCUCAAUCGCAAACUUGAAAUUCAGGCCGAAAUUAUCUCCGUUCACGAGCCGUGUCUCGACGGUGACGUACGAUCCCAGCACGCACCCCGAGGAGGAUGAGAAUCAGCGAGUGUUUGUUCAGGACCCUCCGUGGAUAACGAAUUUCGUUAUGCGCAAUUUAUAUAACGAAGAUAACGGAAAUGUGAAGGUGGAUGCGAAAGAGAUGGAGAGGCGGAAGUAUUAUAGGCUGCGGAGGCGGCAAGUGAAGGCGGAGACGGAGGCGUGGGAGAGUAUGGUGGAGGAGUACAGGGAAUUAGAGAGGGAAAUGUGUGAUAAGAAAUUAGCGCCUAAUUUGCCGUAUGUGAAGCAGUUGUUUUUAGGUUGGUUUGAGCCGUUGAGAGACGCGAUUUUGAAGGAGCAGAAGUCGCAGAAGUCGAGGAAGCAUAAGGCGGCUUAUGCUCCGUGUAUUGAUUGUUUGCCGGCGGAUAAGAUUGCGGUCAUUGUAAUGCAUAAGAUGAUGGCGUUGUUGAUGACAGGGCGGGAAGGGAGGUUUGUUAGAGUUGUUCAAGCUGCUGUGCAGAUUGGCGUUGCUAUUGAACAGGAGGUUAGAAUCCACAGUUUUCUGGACAAAACUAAGAAAUCGAAAACAGGUAAGAUUUUAACAACAGAUGAAGAAGAUGCAAGUAUAGAGACAGAGGUACUGAGGAAGCGUGUCAAAACUUUGAUGAAAAAGAGAAGAACGAAUGAGGUACGGAAGAUUGUCAAAAAUGAAGAUUUCAAGUCUUGGGGUCGAGAUAAACAGGCUAAGUUGGGAUGCCGUCUGAUAGAGUUAUUAACAGAAACAGCUUGGGUACAACCUCCCAUUAGCCAGUCAGUGGAUGCCCCACCUGAUAUUCGUCCUGCAUUUAGGCAUACGUUUAGAAUUGUACCAAAGGAUCCAGGGCAGAGCUUUGGGAAACGUUAUGGAGUUGUAGAAUGUGAUCCCUUGGUUCUUGCCGGAAGUGAAAACACUGUUAAGCAUAUGAUAAUUCCCUAUGUGCCAAUGCUGGUGCCUCCAAAAAAGUGGAGAGGGUAUGACAAAGGUGGCUACAUGUUCUUACCUUCUUAUCUCAUGCGUACUCAUGGAUCGAAACAUCAACAAGAUGCUGUUAAAGGUGUUCCUCCAAAGCAAAUGCAAAAUGUUUAUGAGGCUUUGGACACUCUUGGGAACACAAAAUGGAGAAUUAACAGGAAAGUGCUUAGUGUGGUCGAAAAGAUAUGGUCUGGAGGGGGUAACAUCGCUGGCCUUGUUAAUCGUGCAGAUGUCCCAAUACCUGUGCUGCACUCUGAUGAUGCAGGUGCGAUGAAGGAAUGGAAGUGGGGUGUAAGGAGAGCAAAAAAAGUUAACCAAGAGAGGCAUUCUCUACGAUGUGACAUUGAACUUAAGCUUUCAGUGGCUCGGAAAUUAAAAGACGAGGAAGGCUUCUACUAUCCUCAUAAUCUAGACUUCAGAGGACGAGCUUAUCCUAUGCACCCUCAUUUGAAUCAUCUGAGUUCAGAUCUCUGUCGAGGAGUGCUUGAGUUUGCUGAAGGACGACCACUGGGGAAGUCGGGCUUUCAUUGGCUAAAAAUACAUUUAGCGAAUCUGUAUGGAUGUGGUGUUGAAAAGCUAUCGUAUGAUGGACGCCUAGCAUUUGUAGAAAAUCAUAUGAAAGACAUAGUAAAUUCGGCAGACCAACCAUUAAGUGGAAGUCGGUGGUGGCUCAUGGCUGAGGAUCCUUUUCAGUGCUUAGCAGCAUGUAUCAGUUUAUCAGAAGCCCUAAAAAGCUCAUCUCCCCAUACUGUAAUCUCCCAUCUGCCAAUUCAUCAGGAUGGCUCAUGCAAUGGCUUGCAGCACUAUGCUGCUUUGGGAAGAGAUACACUUGAAGCUGCUGCAGUCAAUCUAGUUGGUGGAGAGAAACCGGCAGAUGUAUACUCUGAGAUUGCUUCAAGGGUACAUGCUAUCAUGGAAAAGGACAGCCAAAAAGACCCAGCAAGCAAUCCUAAUGCCUUACUAGCCAAGGUCUUAAUCGGUCAGGUGAACAGGAAACUAGUGAAGCAGACGGUAAUGACUUCAGUUUACGGUGUUACUUAUGUUGGGGCACGCGAGCAGAUCAAAAGAAGAUUAAUGGAGAAGGGUCAUAUUAAAGAUGAUAGGAUGUUAUUCAGUGCAUCUUGUUAUGCUGCCAAAGUGACACUAGCUGCGCUGGGAGAGAUAUUUCAAGCUGCACGUGGCACAAUGGGUUGGCUCGGUGAUUGCGCAAAGAUAAUUGCUUCUGAAAAUCAACCUGUGCGGUGGACAACCCCGUUAGGCCUUCCCGUUGUGCAGCCUUAUUUUAGAACUGAACGCCAUAUUAUAAAAACUUCUCUUCAGGUUUUGGCACUGCAGCGUGAGGGUGACUCCGUUGAGGUCAGAAAACAAAGAACUGCUUUUCCUCCGAAUUUUGUGCACUCCCUUGAUGGUACACACAUGAUGAUGACUGCGGUUGCUUGCAGAGAUGCUGGAUUGCGUUUUGCAGGGGUGCACGACUCUUUUUGGACACAUGCAUGCAAUGUUGAUGUGAUGAAUCAGAUACUAAGGGAAAAAUUUGUGGAGCUUUAUAGCAUGCCAAUACUUGAAAACUUGCUUGAGAGCUUUCAGAUGUCAUAUCCAAAAUUAACAUUUCCGCCUCUCCCAGAUCGAGGCGAGUUUGACUUGCAAGAAGUUCUUGAAUCUCCUUACUUUUUCAACUGACCUGCACAUCAUAGCAUCCAUGAACCCAUAUGGAUAGGACCAUUGAACGGCGCUGUAAGAGUCGAAAUGAUUACUGAGUUUUACUGCCAAAUAUUAGCCAGUGCUCAAUCAGAUCUGAGGGAUAGUGAGGCCAGGUUGCUUGAGAUUCCUCUUAACCGCUUUAGGGGAUAUCAGCCUGUUACAGAUUCUCGAGAUGAUUUGUGACGAUCAAGACAUGACAUGGUUCCUAUUAUGAAUUGCCAAAUAGACCAUGUUAUGUAAUCUGUAAUGCACCGGAGAUUCAUUGAAAGAGGAAACUCCUUCAUCAGGUGUUACAGGUAGCACUUGGCUCGGAGCAAGUGAAAUCUGCUGAGCUUUCAAUUCUAAUCAUGUUAAUCAGGGAUAUGGAAGUGUGCAUUCUAUCUUCUGGAGCUAUUAGCUUUACUUAGAAGCAAGUUACCAGGAUGUGCCGCAUUUACCUAACAGGACCAAGUUUCCUAUGCCCAUGUGGACUUCAUAAUGCUGAAAGCAUGAAUCCUUUCUGCUUACCAAUUGAAAGCUGCUGCAUGAAAAUUUCUCGUGUUUACAGACCAGAAAGCUAAGAGAUAGUAGCAAUUGCCAUGCACAGAGAAAAAUCAGAAGGCAUGGGGUUUUUGUUUUUCUAGUUAGGUGUUGGGGUAUAAUGUCUGUUUUGUUGGAUCUUUCCUGUAUAUAUAUAAGAAAAAAACCUCUGUAUCAUGAAAUGAGAAAUAUAUAAAUAAAAUAUUACAUCAGACGUUUGUAGAGAAAUUUUAGUAACGUUGAUAUUAUAAUUUCUUUUCUUUUUUGUGUAAAGGAUGAACAUUCAGUAGCAGCAAAUAUUUACCAUACA